GCAUGAAUGUAGAAAGAGUCUGUUGGUCGACCUGAAGUGAGUUCAGCAGGACCAAUCAACCUUUGCUGCAUGAGAUCAAGAUGAUGCAAGAAGCAAGCAGCCCACAUGUUAUUCGUCUCCUAGAGAUCUUCAAGGGUCGACCCCCCAACUCUGGUUGGACAACACAGCUUGGUGUGGUCAUGGAGCUCAUGGAGAGAGGAUCGCUGGCCUCCCUACAGAAAGCCUUGGAUGGACCUCCACCCUGGCCGCUGGUCUUCAGACUGGCUCACCAAGUGGCUCUGGGUAUAAACUUUCUCCACAGUCUACCCCGUCCCGUUCUCCACCAGGACCUGAAGCCCCAAAACGUGCUGUUGGACGACGCUCUCAAUGCCAAGCUGACAGAUUUUGGCCUUUCCCGGAUUUCCUACAGUGUCGCACAGGUUUCCAAGAAGGAGGAUGGAUGGGGGACAGUCGGCUACAUGCCCCCGGAGGCGUUUGUCUCAUCCUACAAACCUAAACGAGCAUCUGAUAUCUACAGGUACAAGAGGCCUGAACCAGCACUUGGAUAAGAGCGUUUUAUUUAUCAUAAUAAAUAAUAACUGGAGACAGGAUCACUCCUGCCCCCAUAUCUACCAAGUCUAGCACAGGUUCAGUCCCUUAAACUGUUUGACAACAACAGGAAGGUGACACAUAUGGAGGAGAAGCAGCCAUAUCUUUAUCAUCCAGAGAGGUUUGACUGCAGGCAGCUGCUGUGUAGAGAACGUCUGACUGGUCACUGUUUCUGGGAGGUUGAAGGGAGAGGAGAAGUUGAUGUAUCAGUGAGUUACAGAGGAAUCAGCAGCAGGGGAGACAGUGAGGACUGUUUGUUUGGAUAUAAUGAUCAAUCCUGGAGUCUGGACUGCUCUAGUGGCAGUGUCUUUCACAAUAACACACUAACAUUCUUCCCUUCACAGUUCUCCUCCUUCUUCUCCUCCUUCCCUUACUCCUCCUCCCUCUCUAACAGAGUAGCAGUGUAUGUUGACUGUCCUGCUGGAGACUUGGUAGAAGCCAAAACAAUGCAAAAAAUGUAUAAAGUCAAAAAUAGAAUGGUUCCAGAGUCUGUCCAGAAGCAGUUUAAGAUUAGAGAGAUCAAGUAUGACCUGAGGGGAAUGUGUAUUUUCACAAAGAUAAAGAUUAGAACAAAUGUAAAACAAUUAUGUACUGUAUAUCAGCAAAAGGAGUAAACGUGGAAUCUUUUAGAUGAGGAAGUAAAAAUGUGUUACACAAUACAAAGAUUUAAAAAAAAUACUAAAAAGUUGAAUGAUAAACAAAUAUAAAAGCGAGGCAUUAAUGGAAUGUAUUAUUGUUUUUUUUACUUCUGCACAUAUGUGUGUGAAAUUGAUAAUAUCCUGAGGGACCUCAGAACAAAGUAAGAAUAAAAUAGAAUGUCAAGCCCGAUCCGGCAUCCCUCUCUCUAAGCU